GUCUGCAAAGUUGGCUGAUCCGGGCUGCACUGAUUGGCAGGGGCCUUGGAGGGCUGGCCCUGGAUCCUGAUUGCCCUUCUGCCAGGGAGACACAUGAGGCUGAAGAUGAAUUUGGGAAAAGUAGCCACUUGCUACCUUAGCUAUGGAAAAGCAGGGCCACAGUGAGAUGGAAACGACCCCUUCAGAUCCUUUCUCCUACAUUAAAUUGUUGAAAGUCAACCGGGAGCUACUGGUCACUCACAUCCGUAACACUCAAUGUCUGCUGGACAAUCUGCUGAAGAAUGACUAUUUCUCAGCCGAAGAUGCCGAGAUUGUGUGCGCCUGCCCCACCCAGCCCGACAAGGUCCGCAAAAUUCUGGACCUGGUACAGAGCAAGGGCGAGGAAGUGUCCGAAUUCUUCCUCUACGUGCUCCAGCAACUCACAGACGCUUACGUGGACCUCACGCCUUGGCUGUCAGAGAUCGGCUUCUGCCCUUCCCAGCUCAUUCAGAGCAAAGCUGUUGUCAACACCGAUCCAGUGAGCAGGUACACACAGCAGCUGCGCCACCACCUGGGCCGCGAGUCCAAGUUCAUGCUGUGCUACGCCCAGAAGGAGGAGCUGCUGCUGGAGGAGAUGUACACGGACACCGUCAUGGAGCUAGUCGGCUUCAGCAACGAGAGUCUGGGCAGCCUGGGCAGCCUGGCCUGCCUCCUGGACCCCACCAUGGACGUCCUCAACGAGCAGGGUGAGACCAUCUUUGUCUUCGGUGACGCGGGGGUGGGCAAGUCCAUGCUGCUUCAGCGGCUGCAGCACCUCUGGGCCACUGGCCAGCUGCACGUGGGGGUCAAGUUCUUCUUCCACUUCCGCUGCCGCAUGUUCAGCUGCUUCAAGGAGAGUGACUCGCUGUGUCUGCAAGACCUGCUCUUCAAGCACUACUGCUACCCGGAGCAGGACCCCGACCAGGUGUUCGCCUUCCUGCUGCGCUUUCCCCAAGCGACCCUCUUCACCUUUGAUGGCCUGGAUGAGCUGUACUCGGACUUUGACCUGAGUCGCGUUCCCGACAGCUGCUGUCCCUGGGAACCUGCCCACCCCCUGGCCCUGCUGGCCAGCCUGCUCGGUGGGAAGCUGCUCAAGGGGGCCAGCAAGCUGCUGACCGCCCGCACCGGCGUCGAGGUGCCGCGCCCGCUCCUGCGGAAGAAGGUGCUUCUCCGGGGCUUCUCCCCCAGCCACCUGCGCAGCUUCGCCCGGAGGAUGUUCCCCGAGCGGGCCGUGCAGCAGCGCCUGCUGGACAAGCUGGAGGCCAACCCCAACCUCUGCAGCCUGUGCACCGUGCCCCUCUUCUGCUGGAUCAUCUUCCGGUGCUUCCAGCACUUCCACACCACCUUUGACGGCUCCCUGCAUCUGCCCGACUGCACGGUGACCCUGACCGAUGUCUUCCUGUUGGUCCUCGAGGUCCACCUGAACAGGACACAGCCCCGCAGCCUGGUGCAGCACAACACCCGCAGCCAGGCAGAGACCCUCCGCGCCGGCUGGGGCACCCUGCGCUCGCUGGGGCAGGUGGCCCACUGGGGCAUGGAGAAGAGCCUCUUUGUCUUCAGCCGGGAGGAGCUGCAGGCCUCCGAGCUGCCGGAGGAAGCCCUGCAGCUGGGCUUCCUACGGGCCGUGCCCGAGCUGGGCCCUGGAGGGGACCAGCAGUCCCACGAGUUCUUCCAUGUCACCCUCCAGGCCUUCUUUACAGCCUUCUUUCUCGUGGCAGACGACAAGGUGGGCACCCGGGAGCUGCUCAGGUUCUUCCAGGAGUGGAUGCCUCCUGGGGAGGCAGCCGCGGUGUCCUGCUAUCCCCUCUUCGGCCCUUUGCAAUGCCUGCGGGGCAGUGGCCUGCCUGGGGAAGACCCCUUCAAGAACAACGAUCACUUUCAGUUCACCAGCCUCUUCCUGUGCGGGCUACUGUCCAAAGCCAAACAGAAGCUCCUGCAGCGCCUGGUGCCAACGGCAGCCCUGAGGAGGAAGCGCAAGGCCCUGUGGGCACACCUGUUUGCCAGCCUGCGGUCCCACCUGAAGAACCUACCCCGUGUUCAGUCCGGGAACUUCAGUCAGGUGCAGGCCAUGCCCACCUUCAUCUGGAUGAUGCGCUGUAUCUAUGAGACACAGAGCCAGAAGGUGGGGCAGCUGGCGGCCAGGGGCAUCUGUGCCAACUACCUCAAGCUGAGCUACUGCAAUGCCUGCUCGGCUGACUGCAGCGCCCUCUCCUUCGUCCUGCACCACUUCCGCAAGCAGCUCGCCCUUGAUCUGGACAACAACAAUGUCAAUGAUUACGGCGUGCGGGAGCUGCAGCCCUGCUUCAGCCGCCUCACUGUGGUCAGACUCAGCGUCAACCAGAUUACCGACAGUGGGGUAAAGGUGCUGUAUGAAGAGCUGACCAAAUACAAAAUUCUCACGUAUUUGGGGUUAUACAACAACCAGAUCACAGACGUCGGAGCCAGGUUCAUUGCCCAAAUCCUGAAUGAGUGCAAAGGCCUCACACACCUUAAACUGGGAAAAAACCAAAUAACGAGUGAAGGAGGGAAGUGUCUGGCCCUGGCCGUGAAGAACAGCAAGUCAAUCUUUGAGAUUGGAAUGUGGGGCAAUCAAAUUGGGGAUGAAGGAGCAAAAGCCUUUGCUGAAGCUCUGAGGAACCACCCCAGCUUGACCAACCUGAGCCUCGCAUUCAAUGGCAUCUCCACAGAAGGAGGAAAGAGUCUUGCACGGGCCCUGCAGCAGAACGCCUCUCUGAGAAUAUUCUGGCUGACCAAAAAUGAACUCAACGAUGAAGUGGCAGAGAGCUUGGCAGAAAUGUUAAAGGUCAACCAGACACUGAAGCAUUUAUGGCUUAUUCAGAAUCAGAUCACAGCCCAGGGGAUUGCCCAGCUGGCAGAUGCGUUACAGAAGAACACUGGCAUCAUGGAGAUUUGCCUAAAUGGAAAUUUGAUAAAGCCAGAGGAGGCCAAAGUCUUUGAAGAUGAUAAACGGAUUGUCUGUUUCUGAGAGGAUUUUUUCCUGUGCUUGGGUCUUUGCCCUGGGAGGCUCCUUAGCAGCAAAUGCCACUCUGUACUCUUAGCAGCAAAUGUCACCUGACGCUGGAUGUCUCAAUGGGGUCUGUGAAAUGGGACUAUCAGGAGUCCACUGCCUCAGUGAUGCAAAUCAACGUCCCAUACAAAUGCUUUGAUUGGCAAACUCUCUAAGCAGCUGUUACAAUUUUGCAGAAAGCAGUGUGCCUUGUGAGCUGUUGUAGUUACGGUAAAUAUGCUACGAAGAGACUUUAUUGCAUAUCUGUAUUUUUAUCUGAAGCUAGAGGAAUGAGACUGAGGAGAACAGAGGCCAGGCUCAGCUCAUACAAACACCUGCCCUGAGGACUGACAGUCACGAGUUGGUCACUUCUGUCAUCAUUGAAGAGCUCAGGACUUGGUGCAGAGUUGGUGCCACGCUUCUUGGAGAGACGGUGCUAAUUAAUGAACAAGAGGCCUAAUACCUAAAUACCUUCUUCCUCCUCAGAACUUCCCCGUAUUGCUGUCACCCCCUCUUCACAGCCAUAGACAGUGCAGUAUUCAGUGUUGUGGGUAUUUGACUCAUCCAAGGUUUUGUGGGGAGUUGGUGUCAAGAAAAGGACUUGUCACUGGCUUUUUCUUUAGUCCUAGAGUCUCAGUGUCUGCUGACAAAGAUCAGAGGAAACCCUCAUAGCUGGUCUAAGAGAAAGGACGAUGCCUUCAUGACAUUGAGUUUCCACUCAGGGCUUUUACAUGGCUGGGCCGACCUGCCAUGGAGGGCUCCACAGCGUGGGCCCCAGUGCCCCACCUCAGCAAGAGGAAUAAAUGUCUGCCCUCCAGAAAGAACGAAGCAUGGCUUGCCUUUGCACCUUGGCAUCCAAAUGGAAGCUUUUCUGUCCUUCCUUAAGAGGCAGUGGAAGUCUCCUCCUGUCCCUGAGCAGUGCAGGCGACUGAGUUGGAGCCACAACUCAUGUUGUUAGCUGAGAGCUCGGCCAGCAGAGCAGGUUCGUCUGAU